AUGCGAACUCGCUCUUCAGGGAACGAAGGACUAGAACCUUUAAACCCAGAGAUCGAAAAGCGAGCCAAGUUCUUAAGAAAACAGGUUAGGAUGGCGAACAACGCGAAUCAGAACAAUCCGGCUCUCGGUGGAGAGGGAGUCAACCAACCACUACGCAUUGGGAGGCCCAUUUCAGAUUACGUUGCUCCAGAUGCAGCGGGACAUGGAAGUAUCAAUGUGCCAGGGGUUGAUGCUAAUAAUUUUGAGAUAAAACCGGCUAUAAUUCAGAUGGCUGCUUCGGAUCCUUUUGGUGGGGCACCAACGGAAGACCCUAAUGCUCACAUUGCAAAAUUUCUGAGGAUUUGCAGCACUUUCAAAAUUAACGGAGUCCCGGGAGAUGCUAUCAAGCUCCGCCUCUUUCCAUUCACUGUAAGGGACAAAGCCAACAGUUGGCUUGCCUCUUAUCCGGCGAACUACUUUGAAACUUGGGACCAGUUGCACAGAGAGUUCCUUAAGAGAUUUUUUCCCAUAUCUAAGACUCAGAAAAUGAGGAGAUCUAUUCAGAAUUUCAGACAGUUAGCUGGUGAGUCUUUGGCAGAGUCAUGGGAGAGAUUCAAAGAGAUGAGGAUACAAUGUCCUCAUCACGGUAUUCAGAAUUGGGAUUUAAUGAUGGCUUUCUAUGAGGGACUUCUGGACAAUUCAAAAAUCCUAGUCGAUGCUUCAGCGGGAGGAUCAUUUACAAUCCUAGAGCCAGAUCAAGCUGAAGAAUUAUUGGAGAAGGUUGCGAUGAAUGGGACGACUUGGUAUUCAGAGAGGUCUCCCCAGAGGUUGAUAGGAGGCGUGUCUGAAGUUGAUCAGAUAUCCGCUCUAUCGGCUAAGUUCGACAAUGUGGCCACCUUAGUUCAGCAGUUGGCUCAGAUUACUAUCAAGAAUCAAGCUUCGGGUUACGAUUCUAAAGCUCCUACUCCUUCAAGACCUGUACUGAGGUGUGAGUUGUGUGGAGGAGAGCACAAUUCCGAGGAGUGUCUCAGUGUUGAUUCUCAAGCUACAAUGGAACAAGUUGAUGUGGUAGGGUAUGGUGGUAUUCAACCGGCAUUCCAGCAGCGAGGAACCUACAAUCCGAAUGCAUCGAGGAAUCAUCCUGGUUUCUCUUGGGGUAAUCCAGCUGGGGCGGCUAAUCCCCAGUACUUAAACAGUAGAAGUCAACCACCAGGAUUCCAGGGGUAG